CUGUGAUUGGUGAUACGCAGGUUACGCUACGCAAGUUACGCUCCAUGUGAAUCCAGCCUACUGAACCUGCAUCCUGCAUCGACCACUAAUCACAGUGGUCGGCUGUUCCAACCUCUUGACUCACACAGUCGCAUAAUCGUCGGAGCGUCCGAGGGAGGAACAGUGAAUACUACCGGAGUGCUGUACGAGAGUAAAUUGUUGUUCCACUCCGUCGUGGCUGAACGUUAAUUUUAUUGUGUAAUAGACAAGAUAAUACAGGCGUCGCGCGAGAAUGCCGCCGAAAUGUAAAUUUCAAGAAGGGGAAAAGGUUCUGUGCUUUCACGGGCCGUUGAUCUACGAAGCCAAGUGCUUGAAGUCGUCUGUCACCAAAGAGAAGCAAGUGAAAUAUUUCAUUCACUACGCCGGCUGGAAUAAGAACUGGGACGAAUGGGUGCCCGAGAGCAGAGUGUUGAAGUACAAUGAAGCGAACGUGCAGAAACAAAGGGAGGUCCAAAGAGCACACUCGAAUCAGCAGUCUGCCCAGAAGAACAAAAAGGGGACUACGACGACGAAAACCCAGGGGCGGAGGAGCGAAGGAGGUAGAGAGAAAGAUGCGGACAGUAGGUCGAGCACUCCCGUCGCCGAUAAAAGUAUGAGCCGUUUUAGCAAGGGUACAAGUAGCACGGUGACGCCUUCGUCCUCUCAGGAGUCCGUGUCUGAACCCCCGCGUAAGAAACGAAGUCGGUUAGAGCCGUCUGGCGAUACCGAGGAGUAUCUCACGAAAGUGGAAGUCAAGAUCAAGUUGCCCGAAGAAUUGAAGUUUGUGCUGAUAGACGAAUCCGAAAUAAUACUCAAGCACCACAAGUUACCCGCGAUUCCCGUGCAAAAUACAGUCGACAAGAUCUUGGACGAUUACGUGCAGGCAAAAUCAGCCGGGAAAUCCAACGACAUUAGAGAAAGCAUGUUGGAAGUAACAAAGGGUAUUCGGGAGUAUUUCAACAUCACCCUGGGCCUUCAACUACUCUACAAGUGGGAACGGCCGCAGUUUAUACAGGUAAUGAACGAGAGUCCGGAAACGUUGCCAAGUCAGAUGUACGGAGCGUUCCAUCUUCUCAGGCUGUUCGUGCGGCUCGGCAGCAUGCUGUCUUACACGCCUUUAGACGAGAAGAGUUUGCAGCUGUUGCUGUCGCACUUUCACGAUUUCCUGCAAUACUUGCAGAAGAACAGCACCGAGCUCUUCAAUCUUCAACAGGACUACACUGACCCGUCACCGGAUUAUCAUCGAAAGUACGGUUAA